AUGGUAGGGGGUACAAAAAAGGGCUGGAUCAAGGUGUCAUGCGACCCGUGCCGGGGAUUCCGGUCCUCCCUUAAUAAACCAGAAGGAACGGAUUGUUCCGAGAAAAGAGCAGCGUUUGCAACGAGCUCUAAGACAGUCAGCACAAAGACAGUGGCUAUGCCUGGUCUGAAUGCCAAGCCUACCCUUAGGGUGGAAGAGCUAUCGAAGGCGAAGUAUGCAGAGAGGAAACGCGCUGCAUACAUUCUAAGAAGAGCUCACCUGCAUCCACCAACCAAGGAGGAGCUCACUAAGGAGCUCAAAGAAACCUUAGAGUGUGCUAAAGCGGUUCUUCCCAAUUUCAGCAUAGAACCGCCAGCAGGAGCAACAAAAAGGCAGAGGUCAGCUGAAGAGGCUAAGCCGUCGGCUAAGCGACCGAAGAUAAAGGAGACGCCCAAUAGAUCGUUUGCGGAUGUGGCCCGGAACCGCAUUAUCAUUGGUGUUCUGGAUGAGGGAGAUCCCGAAGGCAGCAUUCCCAGAACCCAAUGGAAAUGGGUGCAAGCUGCGCUGGCUAACGUCGCCCUGGAAGUGCUACUAAGCAAUCCAGGUCCACCGCCGUCAUGCACUGAUGCCGUUUGGUACCAGGGCCAGAUUAAAAUAGUAGCUUGUGACGACGAACGAUCGGCCCAGAUCUAUAAAGCCGCUUUAGCGAAAGUGGGAGAGGUAUAUCCUGGGGCCAAACUGAUAGCGGUCGACAGGAAAGAUAUACCGUCUAGGCCAAGGGUACGAGUUUGGAUACCGGCUACAGCCGGAUCAAAUUAUGCAGCUGAUCAGGGCUUGCUACCAACCUAA